GAAACGCCACUCAUUUGUUUCGAACAUCAUGGAUCAAAAGGAGACAUCUGCUGAUGAGCAUGAUAGCUCCCAGUCCUAUCGAUGGUACAUUCCUGCACCACUCGUUCUAUCCUCGAGGAUGAGUUGAAAGUUGGGGCCUGCGCCCCUUCUAGUAUGGGAGGGUUGAACAUAAAAUUAAUCCAGGUCAAAGGACUGCAGCUUUCACGUGGAUCGGUUGCCGUCACUGCAUCCUGUGGCUUUGAUGAUUCCACCAAUGCGAGAGGCCCGUUGGGGCAAUGUAUUCUCUCUGGAAGCGCAUGCCUUGCUGGGAUAUUGCUAUGCCUCGAUCUCUCAGAGUGCACGCAACUCAAUCCCCAGACUCGACUACACAUCAGGCUCAAUAACAUCAUUUGCUCAUGCGCGGAGAUUUCUCUGCAUGUUCUCCACAUUCUGUUGUUCCUGUUGGUCUGUUGGAGGUCUAGACUCCGCUCUGAGAAUUGCCCUAAUGGGACAUUCUCCGCACCGUCUGUUUGUCCAGCUUUCUUGGGUAUGCAGCUUGUAUAUUUUCCCAUCACUAGAGAGCAUCCACAAUGGUCGGGAUCAAAUGAGGCAGAUGCCAUCCACCUCAGAGACGUGUAUUUGUUAUAUAGGUGUCGAUCAUCACCCAAAAGAAGCGCGAUGAAGCCGUGGCACGGGACCUGUAUGCAGACUAUGAAUGGGUCAUAGACUUCAUGUCCCACCCCCUACAAUAACGCCUACGACUGUUCCAAGGCGAAGCUUGAUUGCACAGCUCUUGACUAGGCGAGCGAUCAGCACUGCAAUCUUCCCUUCGGCAUAAUCAGCCAGCACAUGUCUCGUCUUAGCUUUCAGCCUACGGCGAAGUGAAGCC